UAUGCUACUGUACGGUAAAACAAGUUUUCAACUGCGCCAGCUUGCCCAACCAAUUCAAUAGGUUUUCUUGCAAAGAUCCAGAUUUUCAUGUGAAGUCUCUUCCCGAGAACCACAGUGACCACUAAAAUCAAGGGACACACGGUAGAGCACAACAUGCUCAACUGAAGAACAUCGCAGCGGUCGAGCGUAACAGACUGUUAUCAGGAGCAGCAUGCAUUCAAAGCAAACAGAGAAAGAUCAGCAUCCAAGGGAAGUGGGAGACUGGGUCUCUGUAUACGGUAAUUUGGCAGACCACCCAUUCAGUGCCCACAGAGCCAAUGUUCUCUUCAAGCUUCAUCUUGAACUGACAUCUAUGUUUGAGCUUGCAGCAACUACUCUCCGUCAAGAAGAGCACCUUGCAAUGCUGACUGUCAAUGGCAAUGACACCAUCACUUUGUCUCACCACCUUCGUGCUACAAGCUACUCAAGAUCUGAUGGCCCAUUCCACCAUGAUGUGUUUGUGGUUUUUGGUCUGAUUGGAAAAAGUGCUUUGGCGCCUCUCCUUCAGUUGGAUUUUAUUGAUGGCUCUAUUUUUGAGCAGAUUGAUGUGGUCACCCCUGCAAACAGCCGUUUGCUUAAAGCAGCACAGUCAGGUUGUCAACAUCAAUUUGCCAACCUUCAAAUCCUUCCUGUUGAAGAUGAGUACCAGCCAAGUGACCUGGCUGAUGUGCAAACAGACAUGAAAAGCUUCAUCUUUGUUCCUCCACACAUAUCAGUCAUGCUGCUCAAAGCUCCAAACUACAUGCCACCCUAUGUGGCAGCCCACAGCGUUCUUUCUUCGUUCAAAGGAUUUGAUGAAUCAUCACCAGAAUAUGGUUGUAUUUGUUCCAUUCUCCGCUGGAUUUGGUGUGCUCAACAAGGUCUCCUGAAGUCAACUGUCUACAGGAUCCCAGAUGACGACGACUGUGGAAGCAAGAUCGCAGCGGCCCUGAAGAAAUCCUACCUGGUUCCUCCUAAUCAUGGACAUUCAUUUGAUCAAAUUAGCUGCAGCAUGGAAACCAUUGGGACUCAAGAUGAUAGUUCUGACAAUGCAGAUGUGUCUUGCCUGGACACUGGAGUUGCUGCUCUGGAGAGGCAAUUGACUGUUCCAAUGGGCCUGCAACAGCAUCAAAAUCAAGCUAGAGUGCAGGAACUGAUGGAUAUUACCAAAAGAGUACAAAGUUUGGAAGCACAGAUUGUUGAAAUCAGGACUGAGCAAGAAGGAAGGCUCGCUGACCUAGACACAAGGAUCACAGCAACAGGAGACAAGCUUGAGGUCAACAAAGCGGAACAAGCAGUUCUUGCCACGGGUGUCCAGGCAGUUGGGUCCAUGGAAAAGGACUUGAGCUCAGCAUUGUCAAGAAUGAGAACAAUGGAGGAAAUCCAGAUUGGCCAGUCUCAGUCCGGAGCACAGCAAGUUGCACAAGUUAUGGCACUGGCCAAACAGAUGAAACUCUUGAGAGCUGACUUGCCCGGCAACCUCAGGCAGACUAUUGACACCCUGGUGGCACAUGACAGGCAGGUAUUCAGCGGCAGUGCAGACAAGUGGGACUAUUGAGGAUGGCCAACCUGAUGGAACGUGAGAGUUGACACCUCUCAUUGCCAUUUCCCACCUGAGAGUACCCCCCACUACUUUACAUCUCUGGCUGGUUCAAGUUACCAUUGGAUGACUACAGGUGCAACUUAUAUAUGGUCCGACAUACAAUUCAUUUACUGUGUCAGUUCGUGGUACCGAGAAUUUUGAAGUAACAACAGUUCUCGCCAGGGAACACAACUGGAAGCUUCAUUGGGUUGCCUUCCUCUAGUGCACAGCAAAGAAAUGUGUAGAUGGUCCAAUGUGUGCUAAUUAUUCUUUUAGUUUAAAAAUGCAAUGUGACAACAUCUUCAAGGCACAAGUAAGUAAGCUUCCUUUCCACUAAGCCCUACU